AUGUUUACGCGAUUUUUCUAUGGUUUUCUGAUAUUCUUCUCCUUGGUCGCGUUGUACAGCCUCCACUCAGUCUCAUCGCGCGAUCCAACGUCAGUCUUUUUUAACCCACGUGUUGGCUAUGCGCCCGCAUACUCCACGAUCAGAAAGCAGGAAGCCGAAACCUUCAUUCAUGCAACAACGAAUACCACCGAACGCCCGCACACUCAAUCGUCAAAUACCCCGAAGAAGCUCUGUGUUGGCAUACCCUCUAUAGCAAGGAGAGGAGCGCGGUAUCUGCGCGUGGCAGUCGGGUCUUUGCUCGAUGGCUUGACGCCUACAGAGCGCGAUGACAUAUACUUCAUAGUCUUCAUACCCCACUCCGACCCGACCGUUCACCCCGCGUACAAUGAGCAUUGGCUCGCCGACCUCACGGAUGAAAUCCUCGUUUACAACGAUCUGCUGCCUGUUCAGGCUGAGCGCAUAAAAGAUUGGGAGAAGGAAGGGGGUUUAUACAAGGAGAAGGGCAUAUUUGACUAUUCAUAUCUGCUCAAGGCGUGCUACAGGCAAGAGACACCCUAUAUCGCCAUGUUCGAGGAUGACAUUGUUGCGAUGGACGGGUGGUAUCAUAGAACGGUUGCCGCAAUAGAGGAGGCAGAAACGCGGUCAGCGUUGAAGAAAGCUUCUCCGAGCUUUCUCUACCUCCGCUUGUUCUUCACCGAAGAGUUUCUAGGCUGGAACUCCGAGUUCUGGUUCACGUAUCUUUUUUGCUCCAUCGUUGUCUUUUCUCUAUCCACCGGCCCUCUUGUCUAUCUUCGCUCGAAAUCCCCGAACCUGAAACGCCAUCUUUCCGACCGUAUUUUGUUAAUUUUCUGCGGUCUCAUUGUUGCUCUUAUUGGCCUCUUUUUCGCUCUCGGCCGCGUAACAGUCCUCCCUCUCUCAGCUGGCGUCAACGAAAUGCCUAAGUACGGCUGCUGCUCACAGGGCUUCGUGUUCCCCCGCGAAAAAGCUAUGAAUCUCGGGAAGUUUUUCGAGGAACGCAAAGCCGGUUUCGUGGACGUGUUGACGGAAGAUUAUGCGGACAGGAAUAAAGAGUUAAGAUGGGCCAUUAUGCCUAGUGUGAUCCAGCACGUCGGCCGGAAGAGCUCGAAAGUGGAUGACUAUGGACCGAUGAGUAAAUUUGGAAUGACCGUGGCAGAGAAGAUAUGGAACUUUGGAUUUGAGAGAUAUAAUGCAGACGAACUAAGAAGAGAGCACUGGCGGGCCACGCAUUCGGGAUGA